GUGAGUUUGAUGUUGGCUGACCGCAUUAAACUGUGCGUCUUGCUGCCAGAAUGCAGCAACUUGAUCAGAUGGACUGAUAAUGGAGAGAAGCUGACGCACCGUUAUUCUGUCGCCCGUUGACGUUCCUCAGCGAAGCUUUUCCUAAUGCCAUUACAUUUUACAUGCUACGAUAGAGCGCUCUACAUUAUUUGGGGAACUUUUUGACCGGCGUACAACAGGCUUAUCCUUCUUGUUUCCCCCCCUCAUUUGGACACUUUUACUGCGUAAUUACGCACGAGAUGCAAAAAGGAAUGGCUCCUCGUCGAAGACAAAAAGCGGGAGUACAAACUAUUUUACACGUGUGUCUCUCUAUUUCUGUGGUUUUUUCAUACAAUAUAGACUUGGAACAUCCGUUGGUGUUCCGUGGACCUAAUUCAAGUUUUUUUGGCUACUCUGUGCUGGAGCAUUAUCAUGACAACACGCGCUGGGUCAUAGUAGGGGCGCCCAGGGCCGACUCUAUCUACAGUAGUUCUGUGCAAGCUCCUGGUGCUCUGUUCAAGUGCAGAGUCCACAGCAACCCGGAGCGCCGCUGCACAGAGAUGGACUUGGGAAGAGGAAGCAAGCCCCGAGAGUCUUGUGGGAAGACGUGCCAAGGGGACAGAGACGAUGAGUGGAUGGGAGUAAGCCUGGCCCGUCAGAACACAGCCGACGGCAGAGUACUGGCCUGCGCCCAUCGCUGGAAAAACGUCUACUAUGACUCGGAACAUAUCCUCCCGCAUGGAUACUGCUCCAUCAUCCCAUCAAAUCUCCAGGGCAGGACGCAGCCGCUCAUCCCAUGUUAUGAAGAUUAUAAACAGAAGUAUGGGGAAGAGCACGGCUCCUGCCAAGCUGGGAUAGCGGGAGUUUUUAGAGAGGAGCUGGUGGUGAUGGGUGCCCCUGGGUCGUACUACUGGACCGGGACAAUUAAGGUUUACAACCUGACGUCUGACACCUUCUACAGUCCAAACAAAGAUGAUGUUGACUCCCACAGAUACAGCUACCUUGGCUAUGCUGUGACUGCAGGACACUUCUCCUCUCCUAAUGUGAUUGACAUAGCUGCGGGGGCCCCUCAGCACAACGGCAGUGGGAAGGUUUACAUUUUCAAAAUUGAUGGUAUAUCUUUGGUGAAGAGUUUUCAAGCAUCAGGGAAAAUGAUGGGCUCUUACUUUGGCUCCUCAUUGUGUGCAGUUGAUCUGAAUAAGGACGGCCUGUCAGACCUGCUGGUGGGGGCACCCAUGCACAGCCAGCUACGGGAUGAGGGCCGCGUAUCUGUGUACCUCAGCAAAGGCAAUGGGGUGAUGGAGGAGCAGAUUUUUUUGACCGGGGACAAUGCUUACAACGCACACUUUGGAGAGUGCAUUUCCUCGAUUGGAGACAUCGAUGACGAUGGCUAUCAAGACGUAGCCAUAGGAGCACCGAAAGAGGACGACUAUGGAGGAGCUGUUUAUAUCUAUCACGGAGAUGCCACGGGAAUCAUCAGCAAAUAUUCCAUGAAAAUAACUGGGCGCAGUGUCAAUCCUGGUCUCCAGAUGUUUGGACAGGCAAUAUCUGGCAGUGUGGACAUGGACGGCAAUGGAUACACAGAUGUCACAAUUGGAGCGUUCAUGACGGAUAGUGUGGUGCUACUGAGGUCCCGGCCUGUCAUUACAGUGGACGUCUCCAUCUUCUUGCCUGUGUCCAUCAACAUUUCUGUACCUCAUUGCCACGAGGGCCAGCACAUGAAUUGCUUCAAUAUCACGGUCUGCAUGCACUUCCAUGGAAGACAACUUCCUGGACAAAUAGAGCUGCUCUACAACCUGACGGCUGACGUGGAUAAGAGACAAAAGAGCCUGCCUUCACGGGUCUACUUCAUUCAAAGCGGCUCUCAGAUCAGUCAGAAGAGCCAGCAGCUCAGCCUGGACGUCAACAAGAACGAGUGCCAGCGCUACACUGCCUAUGUCAAAAAGGAUGUGAAAGAGGUGUUCACAGCCAUCACGUUUGAGGUGUCGUACAGCCUUGGGAAGCAUGUACUAAGUGGAGACCAGGAGCGAGACCUGCCUGCCCUCACCCCAGUGCUACGCUGGAGGAAAGGAAAAAAGAUUGCAGUGAGGAAUGAGACUUGGUUUGAGAAGAACUGCCUGUCAGACGACUGUGCUGCGGACCUGCGGCUCCAUGGAAAGCUGUUGCUUUCUGGGGCACAUAGCAAGCCCCAUUUGGCCCUGGGAGGAGUAAGGAACGUCUCGUUGAACUUGACCAUCUCUAACGCUGGCGACGACGCCUACGACACCAACGUCAAUCUCAACUUCUCCCGAGAGGUUUUCUAUAUCAACUUCUGGCAGAAGGAAGAGAAGGGUAUUUCCUGUGAACUUGUUGACUUGGACUUCCUCCGAUGCAGUGUGGGAUUUCCCUUCAUGAGAGCACAGACUAAGUAUCAUUUUGCAGUCCUUUUUGACACAAGUCAGAUAUCUGGCGAAAAUGAAACAUUGCAGUUCUUGGUGCAAGCAAAGAGCGCCAAUCCGGAGCACAAACUCUCCGACAAUGUUGUGGAUCUGUCCAUCCCGCUGAUUCAUGAGACUGACACAACAAUUACUGGUGUGGUGACACCGAGCUCCUUUGUGUAUGGAAACUCCAUCGACGCCUCACGCUUCGUCCACCUCGAAGACAUGGAGUGCAACUUCCAGCCUCUCAAUGUCACUUUCCAGGUGAUAAAUAACGGGCCCAGCCGGCUGCCAGGCUCCACUGUUGAUAUCAGGAUACCCAACCGGCUGGCUGGCAAUGGAGCUGAUAUGUUCCACAUUGUUGAGACACAGGUGGCUGACAACCGAGGAAACUGUACCCCACAUAGGAACCCGACACCUUGCACGAUCCCCCAGGACCGAGAGAGCAUCUUCCACACUAUAUUUGCCUUUUUCACUAAAACAGGCCGCAAAGUCUUGGACUGUGACCGGCCGGGAAGAGCUUGUAUGACAAUCUCCUGCAGUCUGGGGCCGCAGCUAAAAGAAGAAGCUUUGAAUAUAGAUAUAAAAAUUUUACUCAACACUGAAAUUCUGAAGAGGGAUACUUCCUCUGUGAUUCAAUUUGUGACACGUGGCCAUGUGCAAGUAAAUGACAGGACAGUUGAGGUGCCCAAAGGCCUGCCAGAAGACAUCUCUCUGACCUUCGAGGCAUUGCACAGUCAGGAGCCCCGAGGCUAUGUGGUGGGCUGGAUCAUCGCCAUCAGUCUGCUGGUGGGGAUCCUCAUCUUUUUGCUCCUAGCUGUGCUGCUAUGGAAGAUGGGCUUCUUCCGUCGGCGGUACCGCGAGAUCAUCGAGGCCGAGCGGAACAGGAAGGACAGCGACGAUAGUUGGGAUUGGAUGGAAAAGAACCACUGAGACUCACGGUGGUGGCGGUGGGGGUCCCUGUGGAGCGAAAGACCUUUAGGAAUUGGUUCAGGACGAAUACAAUGGCACGGGGCUCCUUUAUAGCCUUGCCACCCUGGUGGCACCAGGCCCAUCAAGCCUUCCAUAUGUGGAAGAAGAAGAAUAUUCUCCAUAUUUUCUGGAGACUUGAUAUGUUUCAAGGGUGGGGGUCCGGGAACUUGCGAGGUGACAGCAGUGGCCUGCCAGAGGACGAAGAAUUAUAAUAACUUCCAGCUGCCGGCGUGGAGCUGCCGCUGUAAGGUCCGAAUGUGGAUACUGGUGGGCAACAAAAACCUCAGGGCUGUGUUACAUAGCAACUUUAUUUUUAUACACUUUAAGCCAUAUUGUGCAAAAAGUGGUCUUGGAGAGGCGUUAGGGCCAUUCUAAACAUACUGUCUCUAGUAUGUUUUCCUAAAAGCACUGAUGUCUGAUACGCCUGAACGCCUCAGUUACAGAAAUCCUGCCCAGAACAGAUUGGACAUGUUCCGUAUUUUGAGAAUGGACAAUUCUAUCUUCUCAUUGAUCUUCCUUGAACGCUAAUGUUGUCUUUGAGACACACACACGCACACACGCACACACACACACACACACACACACAGUUUUAAACACUGUAGCCUCUGCUGCUGUUGUAGAGUUGGCCCACAAGUGCAGUGAAUGUGCUGGCAGAGGUCAUUAGCAAUAUUAACACAUUAUGGGUCAUGCUUUCUUAUCAUCUAUAUCAGUGUUUGCCAACAUUUAUUGAGCCAAGGCACAUAUUUUACAUAUACAUACAAAUAUACAUCACCAAUGAAAAAAAGUCACAGAAAUUGGAUAUGCAGGUUAAUUGCCCUCUAGUGGAAGUGCUUGUAAUUGCUCUGCCUGUCUCUAUAUGUCACUGUCAUAGAUAGGUGAACAAAGAUACAUUAUUUGUAGUAAAUACAUUUUUUUCCAGACCAAUUAAGUGAAAAUUGAUUAUUUUCCUGGAAUUGGCUGGCAACCGGUUCAAGGUGUACCCCGCCUCUCGGACCGAGAUAGCUGGGAUAGACUUCAGCACGCCCGCAACCCUAGUGAGGAUAAGCGGUACGGAAAAUGGAUGGAUUAUUUCCCGCAGCAUAUUGGAUCUCUCACGGCACACUGGUUGGGAAUCACUGAUCUAUAUUAAAUGUGAAUGUUGAGUCAUAAAUCUUCCUGCCAGAAUCUUGAGAUGUGUGGCUUUACUUACGAUUCCUUUACUUGUAGUAUGCCUAUUCAGUUUAUAAUUUCCAAGGGAAAAAACUUCCUGAAAUGGCAUCAGUGUUGAUGACCAAGUAUCUCACGUUUAUUUUCUGUGAUGUUUCAAAGGAAGGACUACUUUUAAAGUGAUAUGUGCUAAUUAUUCUCAAAAUCAUUGCUCAAUAUGUAAAUUACUGACCCCGAAAAUUUGUAAAUAACCUCACCUAACACAACAUUAGGUACACCUUUACAUUCUCAUUUCAGCUACUGCAGUGGAACCUCCAAAGUGGAACACAAUGUGUUCCAUGAUACUGGUUGUUCUAAUUUUAAAACAAAGAAACAAAAAUAAAAUAAAGUAAAUUAAUUCUCUCCAUGCUCAAACUAGCAUCAUUAUAAAAUCUCAAUUUACUGUACAGGCGAUGUUUUAAUUGGGGAUGUUCAUGAAUAUUAACUCUUGAGUACUCACUGAUACCGAGUACCACUAGUACUUUUGAUACAUAAACCUUCAAUUAACACAAUGAAAGAUUAUUGUGACCAAAGACCUUUCUUUCGUUCUGACACACAGGAUGAUUCGCUGAUUGGUCAAACCGCCGCAGUGUAGCACCAACUACUGGUGAGGAGGACGUAUACUCAAUGUCAGAUUUUUUUUUUUUUUUACCUAAGUAUUGGUGGCUGGUAUCGGCAGCUUUCAUGAGUACCCGAUACAUUGAAAUAAGGCUGGUAUCAGCCCGAGACUGAUCGGUACUCACCCGUCCCUUGUUUUAACACACAUUUUAACAUUCUUGACUGUCAUAAAAGUGUAACAAGAAGUUAACCACAAAUAAAUAAAUACAAAUGAAAUAGUAAAGCUACUCACCUAUUGAAGACGCCUGACAGAUGGAACGGAGUUGGAACGGGAAGGUGCUGGUCAUAGAGCAAUACUGUCUGCAAUACUAUAAGCAUUGCUGGAAUUAAUAAAUAUGUUAAUCAGUGCAUUAUUGUCUGCUACCUUGUGUAUGUAAAUAAUAUUUAUGGAAUAAAAUUGCACAUACAGUAGUAAUUAGCCACCAAACCCUUUGGCUCUAUUUCUGGUCUAUGGCUAUUAUUACACUUUUCCUCUUUUACGAUCAGUGUGUGGUGACAUUAUAAAAAACACAAAUAAAAAGCAAAACACUUUUCUAUUUAUUAAAAUUCUCAUUAAUUUGAAGUGUUGUGAGAUUUGCAAGAUCUGCAAUUUUUCACAAAUUCCAAAUUGUGUUGACUUUUGAGGCAUUCAACUUUGAGGGUUCCGCUGUAUUAAAAAUUCUUGCCUAAUACUUGUUAAAAAAAAAAAAAAAAAAAAACGUUCCACAGUGAUAUACUAAGAGGUGUUUCUAAUAUUAUGGAUACUUAAUUUAGUUAAAUACGGGCCAAAACAUCAACAAACAGCCUGAUUAAGCGCAAAUUGAACCACAAUUUAUAAACACAGUUCAUUUUGUAAAGGCAGCAUUUUUUUUUUGGGAUGGAUAAAAUUAAACUGGUGUGCCUAAUGUUGUGUCCUGCACAUUCUAAUGUCUCAUGUUCUAAAUUCUCAAUAUUUUUGACUGGAUGUGAUUUACAGUAUGUGCGAGCUGAUCCUGAAUUGACGACAGCUGAGCGUAUUAAGUUUCACUAUGAUGUUAUAGAUUACUACUAUAUACUUCUAGUACAGUGUAGUCUGGAGUAGGAAACUUGAGCUGCAUGCAUGGGCCUCUCCAGCCAGAUGCAAGAGUGUGAUUGGACCCCCUCAACGGGUCUGUAGUGUGAGUCAUGCAAUAAUAAUAGACGCAACUAGGCUACACUCCAAUCAUUACACAUAAACAAGCUUUUCGGGGCUCAUUGUAAGCCAAUGGCCACGUCAUGGUAAUUGCAGAAUACAGUGAAAGGAAAUGUAUGUACAUUGUUGCCCAAAAUAGAACAUUUUAAAGAUUUCUUUCAUUUUAAGAGCUCCAAAGCAAACCUGAAGUUGUUACUUUUUUUCCCCCCGAAUCAAUUAUGCUAUUUUUCAUGUUAAUCACUCCGUUUUUAAAACCAAAUCAGUCUAAUUUGAAUUAAAUGAUUUAGGGAAAUGAAAGUUUAUUAUUAAGCUGUAACUCAGACUUUCUCCAACUGCUGUGUUGAGGCUCACUAUUGUUUUUGUUUUUUUUGUUUUUUGUAACUUCCUGUUGUGUUGUAUUGAUUGGACUUUUCUAGGCUACCAAUGAAUUCCACUGGCAUGACUGCAUAUACUGUGUACAACUUCCCAUCUUCAGUCCACUUCAUUGAUCGUUUAAACCUGAAUGCAGAUACAAGCGACACUUGACGUUUUAUUGGGGGCUCAAUUUGAACUGUGAUGGAAAUGGAGAGUUUUAGUGGUUUGCUAUCACCGUUAGUCACCAUUUUGGUGGGGUUGAUCUGAAUAUACUACUGUCACUGAAUAUCGUUUCCAUUAUAGAAUGUUUUUUUUAAUGGUGUUAAAGUUGUAUAUUUAUCGAAUGAUAAAUCAU